AUAUACCAAAGUGUAUCAAAAUAUAAUUACUAUGUAUAUACAACUAUAAUUUGGUACACUUUGAUAUAUGUAUCAAACGAUUGCCAAAAAUCGGCCUACAGACAUUAUUAUAGUUCAGUUAUUGAUAUAUUAACUGUUACAGAUUAAUAUCGUGCGUAAUAAUAAUCUUACUUUCGUAGAGAAUGUUUUUCUGUGUAUGAAUUGUAUUGCAAAAUGUUCAAUAAUAAUUCUCGUCAAAGAAUAACAUUAUUGAUAGAAAGUAAUUCAAGUUACAAACAAACAUCGAUGUGCAAUAAUCGAUUUCUUGACUAAAAAAAUCGAAUCGAUAAACGAUCGAUAAUCGAUGCAACAUCUCUCCCGCUCUUGUCUAAAUUUAAACGCACUCUCUUUUCUAAUGCGGAGCGGUAUGCAAUAUGGCGCUACACGCGACAUUACCAUCUGCACAAACUGUGGUCGGAUUACAGAAUGUUGCAUCUUGCAGUGGGAUUUGUUCUGAUAUUUCGACAGAUAUGUACGUUGCACGGUUCUCGCGGACAAGUAUGACAUUUUUGUUCUGAAUAGACACGCCACGUCCGUGAGUGUUACGAUUGUUCUUAACAAAUAGAGUCGAAUAAAGAACGACUCUAACCUCUUGCGUUCCGCAUUUGUAUUAAAAAAAAUUUGCAUUUGAAUAUGUUUAUGCAUAUAGAUGAUUGUCGAGUGCUAUCAAGUGGCAGAUAAAUAAAAAUUGAGUGUAUUUUUUUGUCACAUUCUGUUGUGCACGGUUUUUUGUGUAACUUAUUUGGUGUCAACUUUAACCCCAACCAAAAGUACUCUCUUUUUCUGGUACACGUGUUUGUUAUAUCGUCCACGUGAGAACUGGAAACCCGACAAAUAAACAGAAUUCUUUGUAUUGAAAUGACCCUUAUUUUUUUGUCAAAACUUAAACGCAAUAAAUGAAUACUUCUGAAGAAUCACUUAAUGAUCCUGACUAUGUCUCUGCAACCUCCAAUGAUCAAAUUCAACAAAAGAUUUAUGAAGAAACUGCAAGAAAAGCUACAGCACAAAAAAUUACUGCAAUAGUGGACAGGGAAUUUUCAAAGGAGAUCGAGGCAAAAGAGAAAGAAAUUUUGGAGAUAGAAAAAAGAUUGCACAAAGCUUUGAAGAUUUUUCAUCUCUUACGCUAUGUCAUAAUAACAAAUUUUUACAAUCGUAAACAGUGUCAAGCUCCCGAAGCCGCGGAGACCAAAAAGCAAACGAGAAUUCAUCCUGCGAUCAAAUCAGUAAUUGGGAAACGUCCCAAGGUUGAUCAGUACACAGAUCAUGCUGUACCUUCAACGUCCACAGAUCCCCGAUUUUUAUGCGAUGCCGCGCCUUUUGCAUCAAACACAGUUAAAUCUGAAGAAAGUGCGAGCAAAUGCAACACAUCGGAAGAAAGAAAGCGAAAAUUGGAGGAUGAAGAAUUACAGCCUCGUAAGAUACCCCGUUACGUGCCGCCAAAGAGCAGCGUACCCGAGAAAACGUGUCCGUCGCGUAGCAACAGCCAAAAGGUUUGCAAGCGCGUCGUUGUCGGCAACAUGUCUAAGUGGAUUCCACUUGAUUGGCGAGAGGACAACUUUAGUCAUAAGUGGACGAUGUACGUGCGCGGCGAAAAAGACGACGGUGCCGACAUCAGCUCCUUCGUCAGUAAGGUGAGAUUUUUCCUGCAUCCGAGUUAUCAUCCGAACGACAUUGUCGAGGUCACGUCGUAUCCGUUUUACCUGUGCAGACGAGGAUGGGGCGAGUUUCCGCUCAGAGUGCAGUUGCAUUUUAAAAAUACUCGAAACAAACCUAUGGACAUAAUUCACAAUUUAAAACUCGACCAAACCUGUACGGGGCUGCAAACAUUAGGCUCGGAAACUCUGGUCGAUGUGUGGAUUUACACAGGAGAGUCCCGUAACGUGGAACAGAACAACGGCGAUAAGUUUAUUAAUCAUUCCGUUGAUGAAGCGUCUGUGAAAGUUCAACUUGACACUGAGAAUAAUAGUUUGUCAGAGUUUAUUCCUGAAGGUCAAAAGAACUCCGCAGAUAAGUCGUGGCUUUCUGCGAAUUCUACGGAAGUAAUUCAGAUAAAGAAAGAAAUGACCGAUUUGGAAGUAAACGAAUCAUCCAAUUUAUUAUUGGAUGUAGUUCAGAAAUCAGAAAAUAAAAGUAUAAAAGUCGAAUCUGAUGAUAUGAGUGCGGACGAUAUAAAUGACUCAAAUCAAGAUGAAACACGUUGCUUUGUAGACCAUGACCACAGUUACUUUAGCAGACAGUGUCCCAACUCUCACAAUCGCGUCGUAAAAGAAGAAAACAUAACUAUAAACCAUGUUGUAAACGGCGAAUGUGUACCUUCGACUAAUUUAUCAGCAAAUGAUAGCGAUGAGAAGAAACCUAACAGGUUUAACGGUAUUAUUGAGUCUUCCAAUACCUGCCAGUAUUUGGCGUCUUCAAACACAGCGGAAAAUGAUUUGUUCACGGCAUCGAUAUUCCAAGACAACAAUGUUCAAGAUAAUUUAUUUAAUGCGUCUUCGCAAGAUAAAAACUCAGAGAAUAGUUUAACUUCCGAAAGUCUCUCUAAAGACACAUCGAUGACAAGUAACGGCUACUGCAAACCGUCCGACGCUUCCCUCAAUCAGUUGAAUAAUCCGCAGAAAGCAACGAGUUCCUCCAGUUCCUGCAGUUUGCAUUUAAAGCCUCUGAAAAUCUCCAUACCUUCUAAUGUGUUUAUAUCGACUACCAAUAAACGUAUAGUUUUGGUGCAGGACAAGUCGAUACUAGUGAAAUCAGGUGAUAACUCGAAAAAACUCGACGGCAAUAUGAAAAUUUCGAGAGACAGCAAUGUCGCAAAGCUGAAUAUUCGUGUUCCUCAAGGUGUGAGUAUUUUGAAGAAAAGCGCUAUAGUUAACGCACCGCAGAAGACGAAUGAGAAGAUGAUCACACUGAAGGGCACCAACAGCGUUCUGUUGAGCGCCAAUGAGAACAUUCCGAUUCUGAAGAUAGCGGAUUCGCUCGAUCCGCGCCACAAUUACGAGAUCGCGACGAAUGUCGUUUCGUCGAACAAACAAGAAUUUGCGUUCUACGCGAGACCUGAAGAGAAGAUGACAACUCAGCGACCAAAAAUUACAUUAGGAAAAGACAAGCACAAGAUCCAGAGUAAGAAGGAGCUGUACGUGGCGAUACUGCGCUCGAUUGACUCCGCGAACAUCACCGACACGGAGGGAUUGAUACGAUUUAUCAUUCGUCGACUGCCAAUCGUCACGGAAAAUGCACGCGAUCCCGAAUACAAGCAGAUCCAUCCCUACGCGUGUCGCAGCGAGGACGAGUACUUGGCGCACAACAUCGGCAAGCAACGAGCUCUUGAAUGGUGUCGCGCGAAAAUGAUCAAGUAUUUCUUGCAUAAGAAGCAGAGCCCAGCCGAUCAAGUGUGGAGCGUCAAAGAGAUCGUGAUUUGGGCGAGAGUUCACGGCUACACGCCGAGUAAGAAUGGCGCGCCGAUUGCAACAAACGGCUCGAAGAAAACACCGAGCGUCACGAUGUCCACUGCAAUCCCGUUCACGUGCACGGAACCGGUCGCGUUGCAAAAGUGGUUACAGACCUGUCAGCAGUCAUCUAGUCAUCAGUCAUCGACGAACGUCGAUGUCGAGAAGAUCGACGUUGAAACUGUCGAGGAUAAUUCAAUUAAUCAGAGGAGAAACAACAGUAAUCAGAUCAACAACCGUGGCGCACUGAUACCGCUUGAACUUGAACGGAGUUCGCUACCGUUCCAUAAGUUCGUGUGCGAUACCGCACGAGAUAUCGGAAUCAAAAUCGGGCCGGAAGAGAUCGUUCCCGGCGUUUUGUACUGCGCAGCAGGUCGUAUGAUAAUGCGGGUUGUCGAAUGUUUCGUGGAGGACCUGACUAGAUCGUCGUUUGCAAAAUCUUUGGAAAGAAACAACGAAGAUCGGAGUUCUGUGACUAUUACGCCGAACGAUGUGCGUAACGCGCUCGCAAAUCGAGAAGAAUUCGACAUACUCACGAACGAUAGUUUGGGCUCAAGGCAACAAUUGAGUGUGACGGAAUUGGCUAAUCAAUUGUGACGACGGGGAAGAACAUUAGGAACAAACUAAACGCGCAAGCUUACAACAUAAUUUUAACUCGUUUCAGUUCCCGCCAAUUGGAUUCUUAUGACGACAUUUAGUGAAAUGAUUCCUGGAACGAGUUCCGAAGAGACGCUUGACAUGAUUAGAAAUUCAUCAUACAUUGCAGAAUUCUAAUAAUAUAUACGUGUGUAUAUAUACACAUAUAUAUAUAUUAAUAAAAACAUAUGUGUACUAAUAUAUGUUACUCAGGACUUUCAUAAUUGAUUUGGAAGUGUGAAACAAGCCGAUUACAUACAGAUCUCUACGUACAUUCGUAUCUUUUAUAUUCUCCGUAAGACGUGCAAGCGAAUAAAUUGUUUAAU